GUGGAACUCCGUGGUUGCUCGGUCCAGCGGGAGCGAGGUGAUCAGGAGCGGCGGUGUCGUCAGCGGCAGCAGGGGCAAGUUCAGCAGCGGCGGCAGGGCAAAAUGCAACAGCUAGAGCAGGCGCCGUUGCUUUCCGUCCCCUUCUCGUCCCCCUCAUGCUGCUCCUGCUGCUCCUGCUGCCCGUUGUGGGGUGCCCGGUGGCGGCUGGCGGUGCUGUGCGGGCUGACAGUGGGGCCCUUCCUGCCCGCCGCCAACCUGUUCUUCUACGUGGGAACAUUCAUAGGUGAGCGGCUGUUGUACCUACCCUCGGUUGGCUUCUGCCUGCUGCUGGGAGAGCGGCUGGGCUGGGUGCUGGGUGGGAGGAGAGUGGAGGAGGAGGAGGAGGAGGGACAGCGGUAUGCGGGG